AUGCCGCGCCGUUAUGAUUCGGUGCCCUCUGCGCCUGAGGAGGAUUGGGGCCCACACGCCGCAAAGCCUAGGAACAUGAUAAAUACACCCCAGCGACAGCGAGCUCGGCGUGUACGCCCGGAAGCUCCGAGUCCGCCACGCCCGGCUGUGCCGCAGAGUGUCUUGAGCUCCGGCCGCUCGAAAAGCACGGCAGAGCCCCCCUCGGACGACCUGCAAACACCGACCAAAAACAAUGGGUACGCAUCGUCUCUGAAUAGCACACGCACCACUCCUGAAGUCCGUCAACCGACCGCUGCACGACGGCCUCGUCCCUUUAGCAACCGUCAAAGUGUCGCACCGCGCAAGGGGAUGGUUGUGCUACACCCCAUGCAAGCCGAGCCUGACGACUAUUUGCAUAUCCCCGACAAGAACCCAAAUGAGAGAUCUAUGCGCCCAUCAGUGCGCGGCGUGAUGAAUGUACUGACUUUGGUUGUGAUUGCGCUGGCCUUGUUCAUGCUUUUUGCUGGGUACCCCAUCAUUGCCAAUAUGGAGCAUGUCUACAAUAACAAAAAAUUGAAUGCUGCCGAGGUGGUAUUGAGCGAGAAUGCGCAGAUCCCAACGCGCGGCCUAAUUGAUUCCGACACGCCGCAGAAUGCACGUACCUGGCACAGUGUGACGGCCAAGGAAGACUUUGAUCUUGUUUUUAGUGACGAAUUUACGCAGGAUGGCCGCACCUUUUGGCCAGGCGACGAUCCCUUUUUUGAGGCGGUUGAUCUGUACUACUUGGCUACCCAAGAUUACGAGUGGUAUUCCCCAGAGAUGAUCACCACCGUCAAUGGCCGUUUGCGCAUCACGAUGGACAAUUAUAUUGUACACAACACUAAUUUCCGGUCAGGCAUGCUUCAGACCUGGAAUAAGUUUUGUUUUCAAGGUGGGUACGUUGAGACGAGUGUCGUUUUCCCCAAGAGUCCAUCCACACAAGGCUACUGGCCUGGUUUCUGGCUCAUGGGCAACUUGGGCCGUGCUGGCUACCUGGCGUCCACCGACGGCAUGUGGCCCUACAGCUACGACCAAUGCGACGUUGGUAUUUGGAAAAACCAAUCGUACAACGGUGUGCCAGAAGCCACCAAGGAUGCAGGGACGAACGGCGAUGCUUUUUCGUAUCUUCCAGGCAUGCGGUACCCUUCCUGCACAUGCUCCAACGAGGAUCAUCCUGGACCCAACAAUAAAGUCGCACGCUCUGCCCCCGAGCUGGACAUUUUCGAGGUGCAGGUGACCAAAGGCGAAUCGUUCGCGUCGCAGUCUUUCCAGCUCGCACCGUUUGACUACAAAUACAACUGGUACCAUAACACCUCUGCAUGGCACAUUUUCGACCCCGACGUCACCUCCAAAAAUGUUUGGAGUGGCAGUAACUUGCAAGAGGCACUUUCGUGCGUUACCAAGGUACCCGACUCGGCCUUUGAGGACACAGAAGGCGUGCCGACCAAAAUCGGUGUCGAAUACAAUCCCGACUUGGAAGGCAAUGGCGAUGGCUACAUAACCUACUAUGUCGAUGGGAAGCCAUCCUGGCACAUGGACAAGGGUGUGUUGUCUGGAAACGAUCGGGUGCAAAUUGGCGAGCGCAUGUUCCCGAAAGAGCCCAUGUACAUCAUUGUCAAUCUUGGUAUUGCCAAAGGCUUUCAGUCGAUCAAAUUCAGCGGCGAAGACAAGGUCCAGUUUCCUGCCCAAAUGGAACUGGAUUACAUACGCGUAUACCAGCCGAGCGACAAGUCAAGCGCGCGCUACCAUACAUGCGAUCCGCCCGACUACCCGACUGCGAAUUUCAUCAGCAAACACGCAAAUUUGUACCAAAACAACAACCUUACUCAGUUUACCAAGGCAGGCUACAAGUGGCCGAAAAACACCUUCAACGGAGGAAAGUGCUAG